CAACGCGUCAGUCCACGUUUGUCGUCAUGCUCCACAACGUUACCACGCACGUCAAGGGGUGGUUCACCAAGCGAGCGUCGUACGAUCCCAGAUCAUGCUCAUCCGUCCCCCCAGUUCCAGAAGGCGUGCACGUCGACCACAUCCAGCCGUUGUUCCCGUCACUUAUAGCCGACCCAUCGACCGUGUUAUCUCCCGCUUCGUCCUCUGCGACGGCGUUGCUUCCUAAAGCCAAAGCGCGACUCGUUCAUCGCGUGGACGACCAUACGAUCGUAUGCUCCCGCGUGGCAGUUGAAGACUUGAACCCAACGCACCACUUUGCGUUGUCGCAUCGAUGGGAGGAGCGCACGAUGGCGCUCGGAUGCGAGUCAUUUACCGUUCGCUGUGACAACGAGCCGCCAUAUGCAGUGCCCCUGACACCCACCGAGGCCUCUCAGCUUGCCACGUACCUCUCCACGUUAGGCCCCGACCAAAGCAAAAUUGGCAUCUGGGUCGACUAUGUGAGCAUGAAUCCGACGAGCGGGUCGGACAAGGCGGCGCAAAUGAAUGUCCUUGGCGCCGUCUUUGCCACGGCCACGACCGUUCCGACGGGGGACGGCCUCCACGCCGUCGUUCCGACCUCGGACGAGUACUUUGCCGUGCACCAAGAGCGUCAUUUCGGCCACGUCCGAUUCAUCUGGACCGACAUGGAAUCUGUCGAGUUGCGGCUGUUGAUGCGGCUCGCGACCGACGCCGCCGGCCGCGUCCCCGGCCUAACGGAUUUCCUCCCGCUCAUCGAUAUGCCGUACACGCUGUACGAAUCGUGGCGCCUCAUCGCCCUGGAAAAGCUCGUCGCCGUCGACUACCCCGCCACCGCCACGCUCUGCCGCCACAUGCUCGAGCUCGCCCAGCAACCGCGCGGCGAUGCCAACCAGCGGGAGCUCGCCAUCACCGCCCUGCGCAUCCGCGAACUCGUGCCAUGUAUGCAUCAAGUAGACCCAGCCACGUGGCAGCUGCACUUGUUUGCAACCGCCCAAGCCACCGACCACCUCUUCCACACAUGGGCCGUGCCCAUGCACCUACACGGCCUCGACGUGUUCUUUGAUCGACCAGACCGGACGUGGGAUUCCAUCGCGAGCCACUUUCCCGACGCCGACUAUGGCUUCUUUGCCCCUCACGAUGCUCCCCAGUCGCCGUACGGUGGGUCGACGAGUUUUGCGAACAUUGGGUUUGCCCCUGUGAACGAAUUGGUUCGGCACAUGGGGCAUAACACGGUGGCCGCGGCGGCGCCGCCCGUCGGAUCUGCCAGUUUCGUCGCGGCCUCGUGGACGUAUCGGUUAGCAUGGGACACGGGACACGUGGCCGUGGCGUGGGAUGCCAAGCUGCCCCAUCAAACGUACCACUUUGUGGCAUCGCGUGCUUGUUUGCUUCGUGGAGUGAAGAAGCCACCGCCGCCAUCUUCGGCCAAGGGCGGUACUUUUAAGCGUCACAACGACACGUUGUCAAAUGCGACCACGACGACGACUCGAGGCAGCACCAGCCACGACAAGAGCAGCACCAGCCACCUCGACCUCGCCGUCGUGGACUACAGAGACAACGACGCGAUUGAUGAUGAUGUGGACGAAGCCAACAACGGCCGCACGGACGGCCGCAUGCGCAAGUUUGUGCUCCUUGUCGCGAGGUUGAAACGGCUUGGCGCUGCCAUCGCGCCAGAUGUCCCUGACAUGGACAUUGCGAUCGAGAUCAAGACGCAGAUGGAGCGCAUUGCCGCGUCGUCGUCGUACCUAGGGCGAUGAGGAGGAAGUGGAGGACGAUGAUCAUAUGGGGUAGUGGUGGUGAAGUUGCGGUUGCUGUAAGUGUUUUUUACAAGUACAAAUUGUCCGUGAUGAUUCUGUCGAGUUGCCACAUGCGACUGGCUGCGUCGUCAUCCACUUCAAAACCUUUGUCUUGAUCGAUAUCUUGACAGUCGUCGUCCUCCGCGCCACUU